AUGGCUGCACUGGAUUGUCAACCAGCCGACGUUGAAACAGAAGUCACGUCCAAUCCGGCCAGGAGGGCCAGACGGAAUUUUGUGGUAACCGGAAGUUUUGUAGAAGAUCAUGGCCUAACUGAGCUGAGUUCUGAAUUACUCGAAAGGGUGGGUGGAGCGGCUACGAGGGAGGACUACCUUUAUAAUGACCCAAAAUUGGCCGUCAUUGCGGGCAAUGGUGGCGCCGAUGCGUGGCAUGAGGGAGGCGUAAGCUCGGCCAAUUGUGCAGAAAAUGGAGCAUAUGAUUUGUGGACGACGGCCGGCCUCGUCCGGACCGUGUACGCCGACUCGAUGGCCGCGAUGAUAAGAGUUGAGCUGUCAGGAAGACGUCUUCAAGUCGGUCUCUUGUGUCUUUUCGGGGAAGCCACGAAGAGGGAGCAUCUCGCCUCCGUUCCGGCCAGCUCGUCAAGGCCAGAAGCAAAAGUGAUGCAUGUCCAAGACGACUUGACUUGCGUGCUUAAAAGGUGGUACCUUCGAUAG